GCCGCUACAGUAGCUGCUGUCGGCAUCACAGUAGGCAACAGCCCGGACUGCACAGGGGAAGGCUACAGCGGUCUACGGAUCGAUGUGCAAGCAUCUGGCAGAUGGAACAUGGUGUACGACAAGCAGGCAAUGUUUGGAAACUAUGAACGCGGGGCUCAGUAUGCCACCAAGGCAAAGGGCUUCGUCCAAGACAAGCCCUUCUUCCACAGCUUUGACGCCGUGUCAGGAGUUUCCAUCGUGCGCCUCACGCUCGGGUGGGCUGACAUAUGCUACCAGUCCAGCAUCACGCUCAACAAUGUCCAGCUGGUUGGAAUGCCAUGUGAAAUGCAGGGGACAACUGCAACGACCACAGAGGCCAAGCCCAGCGCAAGUCCUGAACACGCCUUUCGUUGGGCGCAUAUCAACCCAGUGCUGAUGCCAGACUGGCAGCAGAGGAAAUCCUUGGGGCGAGAAGGCUCUUUUCAUGGAUGGGCUCACGGGGCUUUCACAGCCUCCGAGGUCACUGCCAAGAGUGCAAAGAGAGGUGUCAGAUUCAAAGCAACCUCAGACGCCGUCAUCAUGAUCGGCUUGUCGCAUGGAAACUCGAACGAUGUGUAUUGGGACAUCGACUAUUCCAUGUAUGUGUACUCUCCUGGAAGACGGCUCUGGUCCCGAAUGGGCCCACGGGGCUGGUGGGGCAACGCAAAUCUUGGAACAAACCGUUGGUCUGGCGGUGAUAACGACAUUUUUGAAGUCAGGCUCAACAGUGAGCGUUCGCGUGUGGAAUAUCUGGUGAACAGACGCGUCCUGUGGACGGCUCCGGAAAGUGCUUGGUUCCCGAUGAACAUUGAUUCCAGCGUCUACCGGGGCUCUCUCUACGACCUGUCCUGGGUUUGUGAUGGCGGCUGCUCUGAGGAGCCCGGCUAUGACAAGGUCUUCCUUGCCACUGACGCGAAGCGCUGGGGCAGGGGGCCGGGCGGACCGUCGGGCAGCGAUCGGCCAAAUGGCGAAGGGUAUACAUCUGGGGAGUACGGCGUCUUCAUGCGUCAAUCCCUUGAUGGCUGCAAGAUGCUUUGCAACGAGCGGUACUGGUGCGCGGGUUUUGGCUUCAAGCACACGGACUCAUUUGGCAACAUUCCUGACUGGCAGGAGGGAACCUGCCAACUGAUGAGUCGGCUCGUCGAGACCACCUCGCGCGUCAAGAACUUUGACUCCUACAAGAAGGUGGGAACUUGGCGGAGUUACGGGCCUAACUCUGCCUGUCGCAUUGAUGACAUGGAUCGCUCAGACGAUGGUGUGAAGACAGUUGAAAGGCUGAAGAAUGUCGCCACCUUGGAGGACUGCAAGGUGAUCUGCCAGAACAAGGAUACUUGUACUGGAAUCGAGUAUGGACAUGCAUAUUCCAGAGGAGACGUGAUUUGUGAGCUUUGGUAUACAGAGAUCCGGACUUCAGCGGGCAUGCCUGGAGUGCAAUGUUUGGUCUACGACAACAAGAAGGGCCUCUUUGAGCGCAUACCUGGCCGUGGAUGCGGCUACGGGGGCAGGUGUGCAAAAAACAAUGCGAAUAAUCUCUUUAUUGGAAAGGAUGGCAAUUACUACGACUCUGCCACUCGUGACACAGCUCUUGAGGUUUGUGGCCCGGUCUGCGAAGCUUCGGAAGCCUGUGGCGGGUUCAACUAUAUGGAGAAGACCAAGCGUUGCCUCUACCGAAAGUCUGCGAAGUGUCAUUCCGUUAGGGACAGUGGCCGAGACUGCUACGUUCGAAGGGCGACUGUGCCAUCUGACGAGCAGGACACUACGACAACUACCACGGAGGUUUUCUACAACGGCUGCUACAGAAAUGAGGGGCGGAAUCGCAGGAACGGUCACGAAAGGGGCUCCAUGACAAUGCCGAAGUGCACUGAAAGAGCGAAGAAAGGAGGAUUCUUGUACUUCGGAAUGGAAUGGCCUCAAGGAUAUAGCGCCGCGGGACAUGCUCAGUGCAUGCUUCUGGACGACAUUCCAAACAUGGCCAUUGCCAAUGACCGAGACUGCAAUGUCGAGACAUGGAACAAGAAGGGUCUUGGAGGGGGGCAUCGCCUCGCGAUCUACUCCACUAUGAAGGUCUGCCACUCGGAUAAAGCCAAUGCUCCACACAACGCCAACUUCCGCUGCCAAUCCAAUGACCGCUGGUCGGGCUGGAGAAGCAGCAACGACUGCUCGUCACAGAUCACCUCUCAAUCAGAUACCUGGACUUGGGCCUGGGGGCGCGGAGUUCACUUCACACAGUGGGCUGAGAUCAAGCUGCCUUAUGCUAUGCAGCUUGACAGCUUCGAUGUUUACCACUGGACUGGACUACGCUGCUGGUACAACAUACAGUACGACCAGGGUGGGUCUUGGCGUAAUGCUUGCCGCGUCCGCGGCUCCUGGACUGGCCUGGAGUCGUGCAAGCGAUUUCCAAGCACCGGCGUGCAGAGGCUGCGGAUCAUCAAAAGUUACCACACGCGCUGCCCGGAUCAUUGGUUCCGCCUGACAGGUGUGGAUGCGUAUGGGAAAUCAUGCCAGGCUUGCUCCCGAACGCUUCUUGAUGUGCCAGAGGGCCAACGCUCCUACAACAGUGUUUGGGGCAAUAACAAGAAGGGAACUGGCCACGCGCGAUCAGGAUUGAACUCCCCGCAGGCUUGGUCGGCAGGCUCCAGAAGUAGCAACUCAUGGAUGACGAUAGAUCUUCAAGCCAAGUACUUCGUGGCAGGUGUCGUGACUCGCGGGCGGGCAAACGCAAAUCAAUGGGUGACAUCAUUUGUAGUUCAGUACAGCAACAACAACCGGAACUUCUUUAAUGCGCCCGGUGGACAUGGUGGGAAUCAUGAUCGCAACACGCAGCAGCAGGUCAUGUUUCUGCGGCCGGUGUCAGCACGGUACAUCCGGAUCGUUGUGAAGCACUGGUACAGUCAUCCCUCCAUGCGGGCUGCCGUUCUAGUUUGCAAUCCAAUGAUGCCGGCCGUUGAGCGAGGAGGCCGCCUCACCCGAUCCUUAUCGUCAUCCUGCACUGGAUAUGACAUGUGGCGCUGGAGUGGAGAUGAUGGUGGCCUACUGUGGUUCAAUGGAGACUACGUCUACUACGAGGGUGACUGGCGCAUCGUCCGAUCAGUGGCUGGAGGCUCCAUUCGACGCGAUUGGAACCGCGGCGCGGGUUGGCAUUUGGAGUCCGUGCAUGCCGACCCUGUCUCCGGACAGAUUUAUUGGCUGCAGAACAAUCAGGGAGGGGCACUGAGCAGCUACCAGACCUUUGAGUACGUUGCCUGUUUGAACGCUGGUCUUGGCCAGACGUCUCGUGCUCGACUGUCCAAGCGAUUUCCAAUCCACUGGUAUCGGGUCUUCAUCGGCGACGGGGAGAUGGUGGUUCUGGACCGCUGGAGCAAGUGGCAAAUCAUCACGCUUGGCUGCUCUGGCACUUUGAAGGUGAAGGAGCUGGCCUCCUACUCGGGCUUCUGGAUGCGAGGCUGCGAGCGUGGUCGCCAAGGUGGCAUCUUGGAAAACGACGGCACCAGCUAUUACAUCCUUCAUGCGAGCUCGUACGUUUUCCGCCGGGCCAUCAGUGGACCUGCACGGAACCAGGUGACACGUCUUUCUGGCCAUCUUGGAGACAUUUGCUCGUUGGCUGUGGACUACAAACGAAAUCGCUGGUACUACCAUCGGGAAAGAGGCCGCUACAACGAGGGUGUUUACUCUUGCCCGGCUACCUUUGCCUCCGCCGUCCUGCAGGUUGAUGAGGAUCUUUACGACAAGAUUCCGGACAAUGGGGGGACUGGCAUGUAUGCUGUGCCAAUGCCUAGCCAUGUCUACCCUGUGUACCUCGCUUGGCGGCCAACCUUUCGUAUUUCCAAUUUCCAGACAGAGUGUCCGAGUGGAUGGAAGGAGUUCCAACGGCAUUGCUACCGCUACAUGGGCUGGUCGAACUUCCGCGGUGCUGAGAGCCACUGCAACCACUACCAGUCUCACAUUUUCAUGCCAGAGUCCGAUGCGGAGUACGACUGGGUCGAUGCCAAUGUCGUCCAUGUGAACAGUUGGCACUGGUUGGGUGUCAUCGGAUCGAAUUCCGGUGGAUGGACAGAGGACGUGUUAAACGUGAACCGCCUGGAUGGCAAGGAUCCUUUCCAGAUCUCUAGCCGGCUGACCGCCCGGCCUUCGCCCGGACACACCAUCGACCACCGGUCGAGACCCUGCUAUAUUUUCCACAGUCGGCACGACUACUGGAGGUAUCACUGGCAUGUGCAACAUUGCCACGAAGGCCGUUACUUCAUCUGCAAGAUGCCUCUCAAAGCCCAACCUGACUCAUGGUUCAGCUUGACGGAGAAAGGCUACACCUGCGGGAAGACUGGCUACAGGGACUUAGGCAGUGAGCUGACCAUCUCUGGGUGUUACGCUGCAUCCAAGACUGAUGCAAACUGCAACGGUCAGGGCUUUCACUACUACCCGCUCCGUUUGGGCAAGUUUGGCCAGUGCUUUUGUGGCACCGCCACAGAUGUUCGAGAUGAUGGCACUUGCAUCAGCAAGUCUACUGACAGUGUGGGGAACAAUGCUGCUUACAACCACAUCUACAAGUACAAGUUCUUCGAGUACCAUCUGGCGGGAAACAAUUACUGCGUGGCUGCGAAUGACAGACGGGCUGAAGGCUCCGAAAACCCUGCAAAGACCCUUGGAGCAUGCCAAGCUGCUUGUUCCUCUGACGGGUAUUGCUAUGGUUUCGAGUUCUAUGCCAACAGCCAGCAUGAAGGUUCAAAAUGCUGGCUGUUCACGGGCCAUAAGCGAGGUGGCAAUGUGAUUCCAGUCCGAGCUUUUUUCGGGGGACGAUACAAAGAUGCCGUGUGCUAUAUCAAGACCCCGUACUACGAAGACGGCUGCUACAACGACUAUGGCAUUCCUGGUUACAAGUUCUCCCACUUUGGCUACUGGUACUACCACGUCCGAACCUCCGGGGGUGAUGCCAGCCUUGCCGCUUGUGCGGCACAGUGUGACCGUGCACGCGCUGCGUGCAUUGGCUUCCACGUUUGGGAGGACGGAAACGCAAGGCACUGCUACACGUACACGCAAGAGCGCAGCUUUCACACCACCAUUCAGGAUGGCCGCGCUAAAGCUUUUGUGAAAUGCAAAUCGCCGACGUGGCAUCCCAACGACCAGGGUGUCGGCUGGAAGCAUUUCUCUGAUGAUUGCCAGGCACAUGGCCAGCGGUUGUGCAGCUACGAGGAGCUGUGCCCUGCUGGUAAAGGGCGCGAGCCUGUUGGCGGAAGACAGGCGCAAACCGAUGCAUGGUGCCCGAUCGUGGACAAGAAAGCCGCGAACUUUAUUCGUUGCGGCAAUGUUGGUGCUGCCUGCCAGAAACUCACAGAGUAUGGCGCACUGGUCAAGCAGAAGUGGCCUCUGGCAGAUACGAGGCCUGAGCUGAAGGAUGCCUUCGCUUGCUGUGAAGCAUAG